CAGUCCAUGUGUGGUUGGCAACACUGCCUGUGAAAGCUUUUUUAGUUUUUAUUUAAGUUUUGUUUAUUAAAACUUGUUUUGUACAAUGUAAAUUUUAUUAAAAAAUUGACUAGGCUGUUUUGCAAGCGUGAUUUAACUAGUUUUUGUAUUUUUAAUUGUCUUCAUUUGUUAGAAAACUGGAUUUAACAAUGUCUAGACCAAGUGCCAGUAAUAUACCAAACAUGGCAUCAAUUAAUGAUGUCAGUGCUUUAUUUCAAACAGCUAAAAAAUAUGAAGAAUUAAAUGUAAUCGGCACAGGUGCAUAUGGAACAGUUUACAAAGCACGUGAUCUUCACAAUGGUGGUCAAAUAGUUGCUAUGAAGAAAGUUAAAGUCGCAUUAACUGAAGAUGGAAUACCAUUAUCAACAUUAAGAGAGAUUGCACUAUUAAGACAAUUGGAGGCAUAUCAACAUCCAAAUAUUGUCAGGUUAAUCGACGUGUGCCAUGGCGGUCAGUCGUUGAAACGUGAAAGUCAGCUGGUACUAUUCCUGGUUUUUGAACAUGUUGAGCAGGAUUUGGAGUCAUAUUUGAAGAAGGCACCUGGACCACUCGGGGAUAAUAAGAUUAGGAGAAUGUCGUAUGAUAUACUGUCAGGGACGGACUUUCUUCAUUCGCAUCGCAUCGUCCAUCGGGAUCUGAAGCCCCACAAUCUUCUGGUGACGUCAUCGGGUUGUGUCAAACUCGCGGAUUUCGGUCUAGCUAAGACAUAUGACACUGAUAUGAAGCUUACUAGCGUGGUGGUCACACUGUGGUAUAGACCGCCGGAAGUGCUUUUAGGUGUUUCGUAUAAUACGGCUGUGGAUGUGUGGUCAUGCGCGUGUGUCCUUGCGCAAUUGCACACGCGUUCGCCUUUGUUACCUGGAACCUGUGAUUCAGAUCAACUGCAUUGUAUUUUCAAAUUAAUAGGCCGGCCGCCAAAACACGAAUGGCCGGAUAAUGUGUCGGUAAUGGCUGAUAGUUUUCCCGACUACCCUCCGUUGGACUUAGGCAUUGUGUUGCAUAGGAUACACCCGCAGGCUCUAGAUCUUAUUCAAAGAAUGCUGGUCUUCAACCCCGCGAAGCGGCUAACAGCACUGGACUGCUUGGAACACCCCUACUUCACCGACGAGCCACUCGACUAAAAUCCAUCAAACAGUAUUUUUAAAUACGUAAGACUCAAACACUACUUAAUCCAAUCUUUGACUGGUAUAUUUUUGUUUGAUUAUUUCACUUCGUAUUUUUGUUUGAUUACUUGAUUUCAUAUUUUUGUUUGAUUAUUUGAUUUCAUAUUUUUGUUUGAUUAUUUGAUUUCGUAUUUUUGUUUGAUUAUUUGACUUCGGAUUUUCGUGUGAUUGUUUGACUGAGGAUGUUUUAGGUUUAGUUUAGGCCUGCUUUCUCUAAAAUUUAAAUGAUUUAUAUCUAAUUUCUUACGGUUGAAUUUAUACAUCAAUUCAAAUCAAUUGUUUCUUUUGACAAAGUGCUCGAUUACUUUUGCGUUUAUAAUUAAACACCAUCUAAGGGGGCGUUCAAGUAUGUAACGUUUUUCUGUAUUGACUCAUUAAAACUAAAAGUUGUCAUUUAUGUGGUGUAUAGUAUCGGAAAGUCGAAAAUAAUAUUGACAAUAAUACAAUCAAUUAAAAGAGCGUGGCUUUAACGUACCCACCAUUAUUGUUCCCUACCUAGUUAUAAUUAGAUUAAAUUGACUAUACUAUUACGUUUAGUAUUAAGACAAAGAAUAAAUACAAUAAUUUUUUCUA